UAUGGUGAAGAAGUUCAAGAAAACAGUUCAUAAAGUCAGUAGGUCAUUACCCACAGAUAAAGCCUUUUAUUGUUUCUGACUUGAAGUACUGACGAAAGAGAAAGCUCUAAGAGGAAUUUAUACUUUGGACAUAAAUGCCUAAGUAAUGUUGAUAUUAAUCCCCCCAUGCCACUUUUUCUAGAUUAAUAUUUUAGAUGUGAUGUUUUGUUCACAUGUCAUAGAAAAGAAUUAAAAGGGCUGAUUUGAUCCGUAUCCUAGGAUGUCACAUAAUAGAAGAAGCAGAAUAACUGUAUCUUUUUUUAAACAAAAGAUUUUAUUUUUUUACUUUUAGAGAGAGGAGAAGGGAGGGAGACAGGGAGAAACAUUGAUGUAAGAAAGAAAUAUCCAUCUGUUACCUCCUCUAUGCACCCUGUACAGGGACUGAACCUGAAACCCAGGCGUGUGCCCUGACUGGGAAUUGAACUGGUGAACUUUUACUUUGCGAGAUGAUGCCCAACCAACUGAACCACACCAGUCUAAGACAGAAUGACUUUAUCUUGCCUAUGAUCAGCAAGCUUUGAACUCAAUCAUGCAAGAUUUGGCUGUUCUGCACAAGGCAAGUCGACCAGCAUUAUCCUUACAGGAAACCAGAAAAACAAAAUCUUUAUCACCAAAAAAGCAGAACGAUGUCCGAGUCAAAUUUGAACAUAGAGGAGAAAAAAGAAUUCUUCAGUUCCCCAGACCAGUUAAACUGGAAGAUCUGAGGUCUAAAGCUAAAAUUGCUUUUGGACAGUCUAUGGAUCUACAUUAUACCAAUAAUGAGUUGGUAAUUCCAUUAACUACUCAAGAUGAUUUGGACAAAGCUGUGGAACUACUGGAUCGUAGUGUUCAUAUGAAGAGCCUCAAGAUAUUACUUGUAAUAAAUGGAAGUACACAGGCUACUAAUUUAGAACCAUUGUCAUCACUAGAUGAUUUGGAUAACACAGUAUUUGGAGCAGAGAAGAAAAAACGGCAUCCUAUAAUAGGUCCCACUAGUAGAGAGCAAAGCUCCCCUCCCCCAGGAUACAUUCCAGAUGAAUUACAUCAAGUUGCCCGCAAUGGGUCAUUCACCAGUAUCAACAGUGAAGGAGAGUUUAUUCCAGAGAGCAUGGACCAAAUGCUGGACCCAUUAUUUUUAAGCAGUCCUGAAAAUUCUGGCUCAGGAAGUUGUCCAUCCCUUGAUAGCCCAUUGGAGGGGGAAAGCUAUCCAAAAUCACGAAUGCCAAGGGCACAGAGCUAUCCAGAUAAUCAUCAGGAAUUUUCAGACUUUGAUAACCCUAUCUUUGAGAAAUUUGGAAAAGGAGGAACAUAUCCAAGGAGGUAUCAUGUUUCAUAUCACCAUCAAGACUAUAAUGAUGGUCGAAAAACUUUUCCAAGAGCUAGAAGGACACAGGGGACCAGCUUUCGGUCUCCUGUGAGUUUCAGUCCUACUGAUCACUCCUUAAGCACUAGUAGUGGAAGCAGUAUCUUUACCCCAGAGUAUGAUGAUAGUCGAAUAAGAAGGAGGGGAAGUGACAUAGAUAAUCCUACUUUGACUGUAAUGGACAUCAGCCCACCUAGUCGCUCACCUCGUGCUCCAACCAACUGGAGAUUGGGCAAACUGCUUGGCCAGGGAGCCUUUGGCAGGGUCUACCUCUGUUAUGAUGUUGAUACAGGAAGAGAGUUGGCUGUUAAGCAAGUUCAAUUUGACCCUGAUAGACCUGAGACCAGCAAGGAAGUAAAUGCACUUGAGUGUGAAAUUCAGUUGUUGAAAAAUUUGCUGCAUGAGCGAAUUGUUCAGUAUUAUGGCUGUUUGAGGGAUCCCCAGGAAAAAACGCUUUCCAUAUUUAUGGAAUAUAUGCCAGGGGGUUCAAUUAAGGACCAAUUAAAAGCAUAUGGAGCUCUUACUGAGAAUGUGACUAGGAAAUACACCCGUCAGAUUCUGGAGGGUGUCCAUUAUUUGCACAGUAAUAUGAUUGUUCAUAGAGAUAUCAAAGGAGCAAAUAUUCUGCGAGAUUCAACAGGCAACGUCAAACUAGGAGAUUUUGGAGCCAGCAAACGGCUUCAAAGCAUCUGUCUUUCAGGGACAGGAAUGAAGUCAGUCACAGGCACACCAUACUGGAUGAGCCCUGAGGUCAUUAGUGGGGAAGGGUAUGGCAGAAAAGCUGACAUCUGGAGUGUGGGCUGUACUGUGGUAGAAAUGCUAACUGAAAAGCCUCCUUGGGCGGAAUAUGAAGCAAUGGCUGCCAUAUUUAAAAUCGCCACUCAGCCAACAAACCCAAAGCUGCCAUCUCAUGUCUCAGACUAUACUCGAGAUUUCCUCAAACGGAUCUUUAUAGAGGCCAAAGUGAGACCUUCAGCUGAGGAACUCUUAAGGCACAUGUUUGUGCAUUAUCACUAGUGGCCAAUAACCUCUCCUGUGCCUCUGCCUGGCUCCCCUCUAUCCAUUCACCUUCUCUCUGACUGCACUUUUCUUUUUUAUAAAAAAGAGAGAUGGGGGAGAAAAAAAGACAAGAGGGAAAGUGUUUCUCUUGAUUCUUGGUUAAAUUUGUUUAAUAACAGUAACCUAAAUUUUUUAUAUUUAAUCUUCUUUUCCUUUACAAGAACUUGAAACUUUUUUUAAUUUAAUUUUUAUAAUGUACUGAUGUGGUUCAGAGACAUAAAGCACUUUAGUACAUGGUCACUCUUUCUAGAUCAAACAAAUCAUUUGGAAUACCUAAAGAUUGUAGUCUUUCUCCGUGUCACCGACAAAUUGAUGGUGGUGGGGAGACAUGGAAAACAAGAAAAUGAUGCGUGAUUUGUAGUUUUUAAUGAUAGUGUUUAAAAUAAAUUCUCACUUGUGGGUUUAAGCCCUAAACUGUGUUUUAAAGUAGGUACUCAACUUAAAGAAUAUAGGUUCCUUCUUAUACCUGUAUUCUUUAGAUCCUAACCUCUGUCUACCAAGUUUUUCGUUCAGUAGGAAUCUUGACAGAAAAUACGAAUCUCUAAGAGGUAUGUUUAUUUGUUAAUCCUAGCCAAUAUAAUGAGCAAAUACACUAUAAAAGAUCCAUGUUACUGGAAUCUAUAAACCUUGAGGGAUAGUUUCUAUUUAAAAAAAGAAAAGAUAGUAUUUUAUUUUAAAACAGAUAUGGGAAGUCAGUGAACAAAUCCAAAUUAAAAGACAAAAGGAGGUUGCUCUAAUUCAGUGUGUGAGCAGUAGAAGAGACCAUGUUUGCCCAUCAACAGAAAUAAUGAAAAGUAGAACUAGUUGUUGUUUAGUGUAUUUUAAAUUGUGUUCUUUACCUGAGGGAGAAAGUCCCAAAAUAAAGGGAAAGGAGAAAUUACAAAAAUAAUAUAUAUUAUAUCUUCUUACUUCUAGCUCCUGAUUCCCCAUAGAUCAACAUUCUUAGGAACUAAAUGUUUAACCUAGAGUAUCCAUAAAGCUAGUGUCAUGAGAUAAAACCCUCAUUCUUGGGAUUACAGAAUACUAAAGUACCUCAAAAAACAAACAAAUACUAAAAGAGUGGUUCUCAAGGGUGGGGUGGGGAUAAUUUCUUUUGGUAUUUGGUAAUGCUUGUAGACAGUUUUGGUUGUCACAACUUAGGAGGAUGCUAGUGGCAUCUAGUGAGCAGAGGCCAGGGAUACUGCCAAACAAACUACAGUAUACAAGGAAAAGUACCUCCUGCCUUCCAAUAAAGAAUUGUCCUGCUCAAAAUUUCAAAAGUGCCAAAAUUGAAAAACUGUUGCAAAGACCAGCCUCAAGUUAUAAACUGGUAAUAGCCAUUUACAAAGCAGGUUCCUUGCAAAAAGUAAAUUUCAAAGAGAAAGUGAUGUAAUGCAUAAUGAGGGUUUUACAACAGAAGAUAUCAUUAGUUCAAGUCAAGGGUGAAUGAUCUGAACAGAAAGUAGCAAUCCAUUCCUUACCAGCUGCGUAUUGCACCCAAAUUAGUAACUUCCAUUUUAGAAACAAGAUGAAUUUAAAUAUGGAGCUUAUUGAACUCAGCCAUCUGUAUAUAUUCUUUCCUUAACUCAAUUUGUAAUUUGUGGGAAAGGAAAGCAUAUCAAAACAAAUAUUAACUACUUUAUAGGAAAAUUAAAAACUACCAUCUGUUUCUAGCAUAACGUAUCCAGUAAGACCAAGGACAUUAAAUGGGAGGAGACAACUAAGAGAAUUCUACUCUAAGGAACUUGUGCUACUGAAAAAUAUGAAUGAUAUUAAUAAUUUGGUGACUUGCAGUUUUUUACUAAUAAGUGCUAAGUACUUUAUUUUUAAAGAUCUAGAAAAUAGUAGUCUUCCUGGAGGUCCAUUUAGUGAUACCUUUUAUCAGAUUUAUAGGGGACUCAGGUAUUUUAUUUUGUGCUAAAAAGUAUGAUCUUUAGGGAUUCUUUUACUGUUCCUGAAGACUUUGGUUUACUGCAACAAGGUCCUUUCUGAUGUUCCCUGUAGGAAAUUUGAAAUGCCACAGCUAAUCUGAGAAGUCAAAGCACAAAGAUUCUGCCAUACUUUAUAAUGAAAGAAAGUGGUUCACCAAGAAGAAUAUACAUUAGUGGCCCCUCCCCUGGAAAAUCAACCGUCAAAUCUUUGUGUUGUAAACAUAGCCCCCAAGGAUCUGUUAUAUUUCUUUAUCUUUUAUAAGUGAAGUUAUGUCUCCUACUUGACUAAGAUCAUAGUAUCUGGAGCAGUGGGCUUUUUCUUUGUUUCUUUGCCUUGUAUGGUUGUGAUUUCCAUCUGGCUCAUUUUUGGUCUGUCAGGGUAACCAGUGGUGCAGAAUAUGAGACAAAUGCUCUUUAAAGAGAACUCUUGGGAGAUUGUGAAACUCAAAGCAAAAUUGUUUGCAUUUUUCAGUCUCUCUUGUGUUUUUAAAUACUGUAGAAAAUAAAUCUGAAGAGAAACUACUACUUUAACACUGCUGCAGAAGACCUUUGUUUUAUAAUAAGAAAAAUAUUAUUAGCUAUGGGGAAAUAUUGUUCUUUAUGUAAAGACAUAAAAUAGACUAAUAGUUUACAGAGUUAUUAUAUAAAAUGUGAUGUGAAUUGAUUUUAAACAAGUUGUAAAGGUACCGAAACCACAAUAAAAAUUUAUAUAUAUAUAUAACAGUUACUACAACAAAAAAGCUUGAAGUGGGUGAGGUAUGAAAGACCAAAAGUAAGUUUAAAAAAGAAAAUUUUGAAGCAAAACACCUCUAUCAGGGGCAGUUAGAUAUAACACUCCAACUUAUUAUUUCUAAUGAUGGUAUGAAUCAACAAAUGAAAUUUGAAUUUUUUAAGAUAACUCUAAAUGUGUUUUGUUUUUUAAAUGCACAGCUGAUUCUCCUAUACUGUAAUGUUUCUUUGCUGAGGCUGGAAAAUGAGACUGCUGACUUUGUGCCUUUAAAAUGCAUUCUGCUUUCAUUGUGGCAGACUUUUUGGUGCUGGAGAAGAUUCACUAGCAGUCUCACCUGUGCUUUUCAGGAAGUAUCUUUCUACUUAGGCCUUGAGAGAUUCAAAAUGGCAUUACUUAGGUUUGGGCCAAAUAUAAAAUCUUUUACAUUACAAACAAAUAUAUUGAAUAAAAGGGUUGAAAAAUAUAAUGGGUAAUGGAAAUUUUGAUGGUUGGUAGUUCUUUAAAAUGUAUUUAAAAGUAUAUAUAGACUUUGAAAUUUUUGGUAUGAAUAUCUUGAAAAUUUUUCAGUUUUCCUCAUUUACAUAAUAUGUUUCUAACUUGAAAAAAUGGUUAAAGACUGAUGACACACAGGCUGGACUACAAAAAAAAUUAAAACUUAUUUUAGAGUAAAUAAAAUUGGCUUUCAUUUGAGAGUCUACCUUAUUAUCAGUAGAAACUACAUUAAGAAAGUGAAAUUAUUUGUUUAGAGUAGCUUUCUGCUACUUCACCUUUUACAUAUGUCAGAUCUGGUCUGUAGUAUUUCUGAGAUAGAGUUAUGAUAAGACACAUGAAUAGUUUGUAGGGAUGCCCAAGCUUGGGUUCAAAAGCCAAGAUGUUUGCCACAUGCAGACUCCUUGGCUCAUGGCAGAGUUCUGAGCCAAUGAUUUCAUUGUGGUCUGCAGAUAAAAGCUUGGAGAUAAAAUCACCUGAUGUCAAUCAAGAAUAAUAAUGUCAAUUUUAAAAAAUAGGGUGAAUCUUCUUCAUAUGCUUAUUCAAUAAUUGUGGCUUAUUUUGUCAGGUACUAAAUUAAUUUAUUCUCAAGGAGGUCACAGUCUAGAAAGAAACAUGGACAAACAAUAGGGCAUACUGUAACUCUGAAAGUUCAGUAAUGAUGUUUAAAAUCUUACUGUUUUUUUGUGAUGUAAGGGGAAAGCAACUUUAGGUAAUUAUUGGCAGUUAAAAAUUAAAUGUCAUUAACAGCAUAGAUUAAAAGUAUCCCCAAAUUAGAAAAACCUCAUUGGUCAGGCAACCUCUCUCUCUCCCUCAGGACUCCUUCUUACAAAAUCCAACCUCUUCUCUAACAAUUUCAGUGAUGGAGGACAUUUAUUCCAUACCAUAAUGUUCUUUUCUGCUUUUUAGAAAAGAAAAACCAAAUACUUUCUUUCAGUCUAAAUAGUUAAAAUAUCUAAAAAAAAGAUAGAAAUUGAACUCUGUCCAUGAUGUUAAUGCUAAGAACAGGACAAUUUCUUGAGACCUUACUGUUUCCUGUUGUUUGACCUUUGUUACAAAUGUAAUUAUUCAUAUUUAUUUGAAUUUUAAGAUUAGUUAAAUGUUAAUGAAAAGCAAUUUAAUUGUUAAUUUUUGGUAGUGCCUUUUUCUCUGUAUGCCUUAAUUUUAUUUUAUAUCAAUAAUUUUCAUUACCCACCAAACUGAAGGUAUUUUCUAAAAUCAGUAAUUUUAAGAGUUGAUUUGACUGUGUAUUGGCCCUUAAAUAUUUCUUAAUGACUGCUUCUUACUCCUACCCUUUUCUACCUUUUUUUUAAAUGUUAGAAGAUAAGCAUUAGCAUUAGACACACACACUGCAGUCUCCACUAGAUGUGAACUCCUAAGGUAAUUACAGUUAUUCUAAUUCUAAAGAAAUGCAUAGUAAAUUGUUUUCCAGGCUGAUUGCUUGAUUUUCGAUCAUACUGACACUGUCCAGAUUUUUUGUAUAUCAUAGUUCAGUUACGAUUUUCAUAGCAGAGGUAGAAUGGUUGUUUUUGCCCUGAAGAGGUUGUUUAAAUGGUUUGCAAAUGUUAAGGCACCAAGACUUGGGGCAAUGUGCAAGACAUCCAGGGAUAGCAAAUUCUAAUCUAACAUUUUGAUGAAAACUCUAGCUUACUUUUCUGUGAAGUGUGUGUGUCUGUGUGUGUGUGGAGUUGGGGCAGGAAUGGGAAAAAAGAAAAGGUAUGAAUGUUCAGUUAGAUUAGUUUCUGUUCUUGAAGGAACAGACAGAAGGAACAGUGUAUGACCUACUGAUGAUGGAUGAGAGUAAUCGUCCUUGGGUAGGAAUGCCAGCACAUUUUCUACAAGUAACUAAUACAAAUGAUUGUUUAAUAAAAGUAUUUAUUGUAAAUUGCCAAGCUCUUGGUUGCAAAAAUAUUACAAUUAAAUUUGUAUGUGUAUAUAAUAGCUUGUAUAUAACCCGUAAAUAGAAAGUAAUUGAUUUUCCAUAGUUCUUCAUGAACUCUUUGGAAUAGAUAUUCUGCCAGACAAUAUCAACAGAAGCUUCCUUAGCUUAUGAAAUGUUCAAAAGGAAAUUUUCUUAAACCUCUCUUUGGUUGGCUAGGGAAGGUAUGCUAUGAAGCCACUGUUCCUACUUCACAGUUGUUUUUGGCUUUAUGUUGACUUCUGCCUGCAUUCUGAACAGGAUGCUGUAAUAGGUGUUGCAAGUCUCAGAGUCAGCCAUUUUCUGAUACUUGCCUUGCAGAGCCGUAAAUGGUGAUGAGCUGUUGGGAGUCUGAAGAACCUUUUCUCAGUGAUAGUGAGAGUGGACAUGAUUUAGUUUCAGAAAUUUGAGAGAGGAGUCGUAGCUAUAGUAAAGACAAGAAUAAAUUUUAUCUGUUGCCUGCAUAUAGUCUUUUAUAUAAUUCUUCAUGUUUUUCAUAAUUCUGCAUUUUAAUUGACAGUAAUAUGAUAUCUUUGUUAAUAAUAGCAAAGGCAUUAAGUCAGUGAGUACUGUCGUUCCCUAUGACUGAUUACUUUUUUGUUUGUAUUCACAAUCUGUAUUAUCAGAAUCAUUUUAAACCAAAGUUUUUAUAUUCCCUGCACACAUUGCCAAAAUGAUUUAACACUGUUACUUCUGCCCACCUGUAAGCUAACAGGAUAAAAAUGAUGAAGUAGGUACUAAUAGAAUUUGUAUUUCAAUCUAUCCUUCAAGAAAAAGCAGAGGUGCUCAGUGCUUGCAUUUAGACAUGCAGAAUUUACUUCAGCUAUUAUGGAACUAUAUGGACAUUAGAAACUUGAGCUUGUACACGUGCCAAUCUUAUUAACAUCAGAUGACCAUAGAUUCAUUGAUAUAUGCCUCAGAUCGGUGGUGUACUUUCUUUCUAGUAUCUUAUGUUUGACUUGAGGGGCAUUUCAGGAAAGCUGUGAAGAAAAGUAAAUAAUAGACAUCAGUCUACUUUGUGCCAUACACAUUUUAGAACAUAAGGAAGAGUCUGCAUUCCAGUAUACCUGCAGAAUUUGUCCCCAGAUAAGGGUAUCUGAGUCCCAUCAUGACAGUUGAGAACAGUAAGGUUUGUGACUAUGCUGAAAAAGCACUUUUAUGUUCAUUUAUUUAUUUAUUUUUAGAAUUUAUCUUUUAAAAGCAUAUAUAACUGCUGGUAAUUUUAGCAUUAGCAUUACUUAGAAGGGAGAGAUAAGUAACAAAAUAACAUCUUAAGCUCUAGUAGAUACUUAGACUCUAAAAUGGAUUUGACAUAUUGUCACUUUUCUGAAGAUUUUUUUCCCAUCUGGAAUAAGAAGAGAGGACUAGUGGAAACAUUUGAGCUGAAAAGGCUAUGGGCAAAAAAAAAGUGGGCCAAAUCCUUGCAAUAUACCUUAUUCAAGUGAAAGUACAGUGUCUAAGGACAAGAAUACUUCUUUAGAAACAAAUGAUUGUUUUAAAAUACAAUCUUAGUAAGUAAAAGGUUUACAUUUUUCUAUUGCUGUUUUAAAAUUUGCUACCCUGCAUUCAGAAAUAUUAUAAAAAGUUAAUACCAAAAAUACUUUAAAUGCCUGACAUCUCUUACAUUUCACAUGGUUCUUUUUAUUCAAAUAUCAUUGUAAAUAAUAAUAAACUUGGAUAAAUUUGAGAAUAAACUUUAAUUGUUGCAAAGUAUAAUUAUCAAUUUGUAAAUUUACCCUUUGGCCUAAUGUACAUUUUUUUAAUGUAACCAUUAAAUUCUUUAUAUUUAACCUAUUAGUUUCCCUUUAUAAACAUUUUUAAUCUUAGUUGAAUGUUGGACAGUUUAAAAUUAUGUAAAAAGGUUUUUUUUCCUGUCAAGGUUGACUUUUUUGCACAUUUUUGGAUAUGUUUAAUUUGUACACUGAUUUACUACUCUGGCCAAUAAUUGUUGAUGGGUGUGUGAGCAUUAUGAAUGUGUGCAUUGAACUACUGUCUGUGUCUCUAUGUUUUAACUUUGAAGAAGUAGCCAUCAGUAACUGCACUGCUAUUACAGACUUAAAUUAACUUUAUUGCUUUUAUGAAGUAUACUUAUCUAUGGUUCUAUCUUUGUUGAAGAACUCAGGAGUUCAGCAUCGCUUUCUGAUUUUAUGUGUAUUUUGAAAUGCAUUUAGUUGAAAGUUUGCUUGUAACUGUGUAUCAGGGAAAUGUGUAUAUGGAAAUAUCUUUUUCUGUCUGUAGGCACAUUUAUGUAUUCCAGUAAUUUCUUAUUUUCAUUUAUUUCUACAUUUGUAUGAACUUGUUUUAUAUAAUAAGGGUACUCCUUAGUUAGAGUUAAAUAUAUAAAAAAACUUUCUGAGAGAUUAUUUACUAUGUGAGUAUAUUUUCAGCUGGCUGAUCAAAAAUAUUUUUAAAAUUUUGUUUUUAACCAUUCAAAAUAUGUUUGUAUUUCCAAAAUUGGAUACAAAUUUACUUAGAUAUCAAACACUCUUGCAAGGAAGGGCGUUGAAUUUUCCUUUGAGAAUUCUCUGAAAUACAAAUUAAGAGGAAAAAGAGGUGUUAAGCAGUAGCAAAAUUCACUUUCCACUAAAAUAGCCUUUGAAUUCUGAGAGCUAUGAAAAAAAUGUAAGAAACUAAAUUGUCUUGAAAAGAUGCCAAGAUUUUUGUAUCUCCAGUUUCUCUUGGCUGGUCCUACUGUUUUUGAAUGUUUCCUUUAUUCUACCCCAAAGAUUUCAACUUUUGGGUUAUUUUCUUACUGGGCAAGGUCAGACCUUCUUUACGAAACAAUACAUUGAUAUAUUGUGAUUCUCUGAAAUUGACUAAAUUGGUUUAGAAAUGUUUAAACAUGCAUCGAGUGUCUUUAUACUGUACUGUGGUAUGUUAAGUAACUGGCAGAAAAAAAAAUGGAAAUCAAAUUUCCAAUCUGACAAUAUGUAGUUAAGGAAAACUCAGAUUUUAAUAUAUGGUACCAUGUAAAAUUACUUGUGUUAGGAAUAAAGUCCACUGUUGAAGUUGUAUGUCAGUCAUUAAGCUUAUUAUGUUGCAAGGAGUCAGUAUGAUUAGUAAAACCUCCCAGAAGCCAGAUACAGUGUGAUAUGUGCCAUGUUUCAUUUAUAUUUUGACUUUGUGUUGUUCAUUUAAAGUUGUACUUGUAAAAAUGUAUAAAUCUGAGUUUUAUAGUUUUUAUGUAUUUGUUUUUCUUGCUGGUAAAUAGCCAUUUAAAAAUCUAAUGUGAAAGAAACCAUGUUUAUAUUUUGUUAGUGAUCAAUGACUUUGUUUAUAUGGAAAUUUGUAUAUUGUUGGCACACAUAUUUGUUUAGAUUUAUCGUGCAUGAAGGCCUGCAAUAAUUAGCACAAUGAAAACUGCUUUUUUUUUACAUUUUUUUUAUUUGAAAGAUUGUGGUUCAGAGGGUUACUCUUAGUAACAUGGAUUAUGGAAUAUAAAUGAAUGGCACUUUGAGUGUUAAUAAAGCUGAUAUUUAUUUCCACUGUGA